AUCAACCAAGUCACACAGAGUUAUAUCCCAAAGGUCAAGAUGGCGUCGAAAGGAUACAAACAGGAGAUGCCACCACCUGCGGGCUAUGGCCCUAUUGAGUGGGCAAAACAAAUUCCUAAAAAGAAAAUGAGUGGAAUUACACAGUUUGGACUUUUCAUUGGCUUUACUGGUCUUUCCUGGGUCGGUUUUUACUACCAGAAAAGAAGACAUUGCAAGGACGACUUAGAAAUGCGAGACGCCAGACUUGCUGUUCUUCCACUUCUUCUGGCUGAGCGAAAUCGAUUGCUCCUCAAGCAAAUCCGUGAAAACCGUGAUGAAGAAAAUGAACUUAUGAAGAAUGUUGAUGGUUGGGUCACAGGAACACUGUGGGGUAAGCCAGUCUACCACAACAUUCGUGACCGCUGGAUAGACCCUUCAGCAGACGAGUAUUUUGCACACUGCAAAUACUGGGAGAGGAUGUAUACUGUACAUGAUAAGCUAAAUCACUAAAUAACUGUAGACUUCAUACUUAGCCGCAGCUGAAGGAAAAGGACAGUUAACUUUAUGCAACUAUUAUUUUUUGUAUAAUAAUUUAUUAAUAGGAACAGAAUAAUUCUGAGCUUUGCCUACACUACAUUAGUAUUAGAUGAGAAAAGCUCUUUGUGUUCGAUGUUUCUUUGAAUUGUUGUGGCCAAUGUCAGUGUCAUAAAAAAGUAUAUCUUUCCUGGAGGUUGGUGACACUGACUUUUGAGUUUGAAAGAUGAGCCUGUUGAUUAAAGGAUAUUUCUCUUA